AUCCAUUAUUUUCUCUCAGGCUCACAGCGGUUGAUUUACCACCGACUCUCCGGUCUUUUUGACGGCAAGCCGAGGAUCACUUGGGCGAUGAGAGUCUACUCAUAGUACUCAAUGCUGAGAAUUAUACUGCUUGUGCGGUCUUUGUGGUCAUAACUGGACCCACUUACUCCUGACACAAGUAUCUAUGAUAUAAUCACAUCCAAACGGUGCAGAUCAUCCUCGGCACUUCUUUUGUUCUCAGGCAUAGGGAGCUUGUUUUGGCGAUUUAAUCCAAAACUCUGAUGCAUUUAGAUCUCACGUGCGGUCGUCGAUCGCCUGCAAUGCACGCAGUUGAGAGGGGAUUUAAAUUCCUUCAAACCCCUCUUUGCGCCACCAUGUCUUGACUUUUAUCCAUUUUCCACCUGCUUGUAUCUAUAGGAAUUUCAUCAAACUGAGACUAUCAGUGAAGUUUCAGUUUACUCCCAUGAUUCCGAAGUUUUUGUGAUACCUCACGCACCAUGAGCGAGUCGAUGACGGUCCCCAUUCCAGGGCCCAGAGGAGUGCCUCUACUGGGAAAUAUUUAUGAUAUCGAGCAAGAGGUGCCUCUGAGAAGUAUUAAUCUGAUGGCCGAUCAAUAUGGCCCUAUCUAUCGACUGACAACGUUUGGCUGGUCCAGAGUAUUCGUCAGCACCCACGAACUCGUCGAUGAAGUCUGCAACGAAGAGCGAUUCACCAAGGUCGUUACAGCGGGGUUGAAUCAGAUUCGAAACGGCAUUCAUGAUGGCUUGUUCACGGCCAACUUCCCCGGGGAGGAAAACUGGGCGAUUGCCCAUCGUGUGCUCGUGCCGGCCUUUGGACCUCUGUCCAUCCGAGGCAUGUUUGACGAAAUGUACGAUAUCGCGACGCAGCUCGUCAUGAAAUGGGCGCGACAAGGACCGACCGUUCCGAUUAUGGUGACCGAUGAUUUCACCCGAUUAACCUUGGACACCAUCGCCCUUUGCGCGAUGGGAACCCGUUUCAAUUCUUUUUACCACGAAGAGAUGCAUCCUUUUGUCGAGGCCAUGGUGGGCCUGUUGCAGGGAUCCGGCGACCGGGCUCGUCGACCCGCGCUGCUCAACAAUCUGCCCACGAGUGAGAACUCGAAAUAUUGGAACGACAUCACGUUUCUACGGAACCUAGCGAAGGAAUUGGUCGAAGCGCGAAGGACGAACCCUGAGGAUAAGAAGGAUCUUUUGAAUGCGCUGAUCUUGGGGCGUGAUCCCAAGACUGGCAAGGGCUUGACCGAUGAGUCCAUCAUUGACAAUAUGAUCACGUUCCUGAUUGCUGGUCACGAAACGACGUCCGGCCUGCUCUCCUUCCUCUUCUACUACUUGUUGAAAACCCCCCAUGCAUACAAGAAAGCGCAAGAAGAGGUGGACGCUGUCAUUGGACGGCGGAAGAUCACUGUGGAGGAUAUGUCCAAGUUGCCGUAUCUCAACGCUGUGAUGCGGGAGACGCUGCGUCUGAGGUCUACAGCCCCUUUGAUUGCUGUACAUGCACACCCAGAGAAAAACAAGGAGGAUCCCGUAACACUGGGAGGUGGCAAGUAUGUAUUGAACAAGGAUGAGCCCAUUGUGAUCAUCCUGGACAAGCUGCACCGCGACCCCCAGGUUUAUGGCCCCGAUGCGGAAGAGUUCAAGCCGGAGCGAAUGCUGGACGAGAACUUUGAAAAGCUUCCCAAGAACGCCUGGAAGCCGUUCGGCAACGGGAUGCGGGCCUGCAUCGGCCGGCCUUUCGCCUGGCAGGAAGCCUUGCUGGUAGUGGCCAUCCUGCUGCAGAACUUCAACUUUCAGAUGGACGAUCCCAGCUACGAUCUUCACAUAAAGCAGACGCUCACCGUCAAACCAAAGGACUUCCAUAUGAGAGCAACUCUGAGGCAUGGACUGGAUGCUACCAAACUCGGCAUCGCCCUGAGCGGCACCGCGGACAGUGCGCCGCCAGAGAGCUCGGGAGCGGCGAGCAGGGAUCGCAAGAAAGCCGCUCCUCCGCCUGGUCAGCUCAAGCCGAUGCACAUCUUCUUUGGAAGCAACACAGGAACGUGCGAGGCAUUUGCGCGCAGAUUGGCCGACGAUGCCGUAGGAUAUGGAUUUGCUGCUGACGUCCAGUCCCUGGAUUCCGCCAUGCAGAAUGUUCCGAAAGACGAACCGGUCGUGUUCAUCACGGCAUCCUACGAAGGUCAACCGCCCGAUAACGCUGCUCACUUUUUCGAAUGGCUCAGCGCCGUGAAGGAAAAUGAGCUCGAGGGUGUUAAUUAUGCCGUGUUUGGCUGUGGUCAUCACGAUUGGCAGGCCACCUUCCACCGCAUCCCCAAAGCGGUCAACCAGCUUGUCGCCCAGCAUGGAGGAAACCGGCUGUGUGAUAUCGGACUGGCCGAUGCCGCCAACUCGGACAUGUUCACCGACUUUGACUCAUGGGGCGAGUCCGCUUUCUGGCCCGCAAUCACAUCCAAGUUUGGAGGUGGAAAGUCGGACGAGCCUAAAUCGUCGUCCAGUCUGCAGGUAGAAGUCAGCACGGGAGUGCGCGCCUCGACCCUUGGUCUUCAGCUUCAGGAAGGAUUCGUGGUCGACAACCAGUUGCUUUCAGCACCCGACUUCCCGGCCAAGAGAAUGAUUCGAUUCAAACUCCCUUCCGAUAUGAGCUACCGAUGUGGAGAUUACUUGGCUGUGCUGCCCGUGAACCCGAACAGUGUCGUCCGCCGGGCCAUUCGACGCCCCAAAGGCUCCACCACGAUUCCCCUUGAUACGCCCAUCUCGGCUUUCGAACUUCUCUCCACCUAUGUGGAGCUCUCUCAGCCGGCCUCUAAGCGCGACCUGACGGCACUGGCAGAUGCUGCCGUCACCGACGCCGACCCCUUGGAUUUGCUGAUCCGGUACCCUUCGAUCAAGCUGCCCGUUGGUGAUUUCUUGGCCAUGCUCCCACCCAUGCGGGUGCGUCAAUACUCCAUCUCCUCUUCUCCCCUGGCGGAUCCGUCCGAAUGCUCCAUUACGUUCUCUGUGCUCAACGCGCCGUCUCUGGCCGCGGAAUCAUUGCCGCCCGCCGAGCGAGCGGAAGCCGAGCAGUACAUGGGAGUCGCCUCGAACUAUUUGUCCGAGCUGAAGCCCGGCGAGCGAGCCCAUAUCGCCGUGCGGCCCUCUCAUUCCGGCUUCAAGCCGCCGAUGGAUCUGAAGACUCCCAUGAUUUUGGCGUGCGCAGGAAGCGGACUUGCGCCCUUCCGCGGGUUCAUCAUGGACCGCGCCGAGAAGAUCCGGGGCAGACGCAGCUCGGUUGGAGCUGAUGGCCAGCUUCCCGAGGUUGAACAGCCGGCCAAAGCGAUACUGUACGUGGGCUGCCGGACUAAAGGCAAGGAUGACAUUCACGCGGCUGAGCUUGCCGAGUGGGCUCAACUGGGCGCUGUGGACGUAAGGUGGGCUUAUAGCCGACCCGAGGACGGAUCAAAGGGCCGUCAUGUGCAGGAUUUGAUGCUCGAGGACCGUGAAGAAUUGGUCAGUCUGUUUGACCAGGGCGCUCGGAUCUAUGUGUGUGGCAGCACGGGCGUGGGGAACGGGGUGCGCCAGGCCUGCAAGACCAUUUACCUUGAGAGGAGACGCCAAUUGCGCCAGGAGGCGCGGGAACGUGGCGAGGAGGUCCCUGCAGAGGACGACGAGGAUGCUGCGGCCGAGCAAUUCUUGGAUAAUCGAAAGACAAAGGAGCGAUACGCAACGGAUGUAUUUACUUAGCGAGGUACCUCUAUAUAGCAAGUC